AUGUAUGCCUACCUAUGGACUGUAGCUACAUUCAAGGAAGUCGUGUCUCUUGUAUCUCAAUUCCUUUCGGUCAUUUUGGAUGUUUGCUGGAAAUUAAAUAAAUGGACACUUCUGGGCGGUACCUCAUUGCGCCUGCUGAACCUAAUAUCGCGACAGCAAGCCUUUAUCGGGGGCGGGCCAGCGGGUCUUGUUACCCUACGAAAUCUGCUCGACAGAGGCCAAUUUGACCAUGUUGAACUGUACGAACGUCGAGAUGAUAUUGGUGGAGUCUGGUAUUAUGAUGAGCCCCAAGAUUCGAACAAACCUCGCUGGCCAUCGCCCGCAUACAAAGGCCUCAUAGGCAACGUCCUGCCGGAAUUCCUUGGAUUCUCUGGUCACCCUUUCCCCGAGCCGCCUUCUUCGCCACAUCAACCUUUUCCAACCCUGAAGGAAACUUACGAUUACCUUCGAUUGUUUGCUGAGCCCUUUCUGAAGGACGGCAAGAUCAAGCUGAAUCGACAGGUUGUUCGCGUUCAGGAAAUCGGCUUGGGCGGGGGAUGGCAGGUAGUUUCGAGGGACUGGAACCAUGCCGGCCGGGAAAUGGAGGAACAGUGGGACGCGGUUGUUGUCGCUGUGGGAUGGUGGGAUAACCUCGUGUGGCCGCAGACUGAAGGGCUAGACGCGUUGAGAGAGCGGGGUUUGGCAAAACAUGCCAAUUCGUGGAGAGGUCCCGAGGGCUAUGAGGGCAAGAAAGCCCUAGUCGUUGGGAACGCGAACUCGGCGAACGACAUCGCAGCUCAGCUUGCACCUGUCGUACACGCACCCUUGUAUCAGAGCAUCCGACGACCCCCUUUCGCCAAGUUCGUCAGUCUCGAGAACGAGCGCAUCGUCAAGGUCUCGCCUGUCGCCAAGUACAUCCUCAAGGAAGACGACAAAUUCGACGCUCUGCUCACGGACGGGACGCUGCUAGCGGAUCUGGAUACAGUGCAGCUGGGGACUGGAUAUCGCCCUUUCCCCAGUUUCGUGCAUGUGUUCGAACAAGGUGUGGAGGGAAAGCUCGUCUCCAUCGUGUCAGACAGCACCUACCCGCCUCGCAUCCCGUCUCUACACAGGAUGGUGCUAUACGCGUACAACCCUUCCCUGGCGUUCCUCGGUGCCCCGCUUCCACACACUCCUUUCCCGAUUGCGGAUCUUAUGAGCACCUGGCUCGCUCUUGCAUGGCGUGGCGAGGUGCCAUAUCCCGACACUCCCGAAGGCCGCCUUGUCUUCGAGAAAGAAAGACUCGAGACGGUGGAGCGGGUACGGCAGACGGUGGCGGAUCCUUCUUCCCUGAUCGUCUACAGCGUGCUGGGCCCGUACGAGCAGGAGUUUGCUGCUGGUUUAAGGGUGGACAUCGUUAAAGCGAGGCCAGAGCUCGACAGUGUGUUGCCGGUGUGGAACGACGAGCGGACGGCGGUUAGGGAGGCAAUGUACCAGAUCAAGUAUCAGUCGUUAGAAUACGCUCGUGAUCAUCCUGGACCAGUGGUAGAAAACAAUUAG